GUCAGUUUGUGCACAUCUCGACUGUUUUAUCAUGUACUUGUCCAUUGAGGUUCGGACAGAUGAGAAGAAAUCGGCGAUUUGUCCUAUGAUAUAACAUCCCCUUUCUUCGCUUUCCAUUAUCGUAUAAAGAGUGGUGUUGUGGUCAGUUUGUGCACAUCUCGACUAUUUUAUCAUGUACUUGUCCAUUGAGGUUCGGACAGAUGGGAAGAAAUCGGCGAUUUGUCCUAUGAUAUAACAUCCUCUUUCUUCACUUUCCAUUAUGUAUAAAGAGUGUUGUUGCGGUCAGUUUGUGCACAUCUCGACUAUUUUAUCAUGUACUUGUCCAUUGAGGGUUGAGAUUGAUAUUCCGAAAAUUGAAGUUCGAUUCGAGCAUCUUUCGAUCGAAGGAGAUGCAUAUGUUGGAUCUAGAGCACUACCUACACUGUGGAAUGCAACUAUCAACUUUGUAGAAGGAGCUCUUGAAAAAAUAAAGCUUGUCCCAUCGAAGAAAAGGGUCGUCAAGAUACUUCGUGAUGUAAGUGGAAUAGUAAAACCAUCAAGGAUGACACUACUUCUUGGGCCUCCAGGAGGUGGGAAAACGACAUUGUUAAAGGUGCUUGCUGCAGUGCCCGACAAGGAUCUAAGAGUUGCUGGAAAAGUUAGUUACUGUGGUCAUGAGCUUUCGGAGUUUAUACCUCAACGGACUUGUGCUUAUAUUAGUCAGCAUGAUGUUCAUCAUGGAGAGAUGACAGUCAGAGAGACGUUGGAUUUUGCUGGACGUAGUUUAGGAGUUGGCACGAGAUAUGAGCUCCUAUCAGAACUGUCAAGGCGCGAAAAGGAAUUGGGAAUCAAACCAGAUCCUGAGAUCGAUGUAUUUAUGAAAGCUACGGCAGUUGCAGGCCAAGAAUCAAGUCUAGUCACAGACUAUGUUCUUAAGAUUCUUGGGCUGGAUACCUGUGCUGAUAUAAUGGUCGGUGAUCAGAUGAGACGGGGUAUAUCAGGUGGACAAAAGAAGCGGCUGACGACAGGAGAAAUGUUGGUUGGUCCUGCUAAAGUUUUCUUUAUGGAUGAAAUCUCGACGGGCCUUGACAGCUCUACGACAUUUCAAAUGGUCAAAUACAUGAGGCAGAUGGUCCAUAUCAUGGAUGUAACUAUGAUAAUAUCCCUUCUUCAACCUGCACCUGAAACUUUUGAACUUUUCGAUGACAUUAUUUUGCUGUCGGAGGGACAAAUUGUCUACCAAGGUCCACGUGAGAACGUGCUUGAGUUUUUCGAAAGUGUUGGAUUUAAAUGCCCAGAAAGGAAAGGAAUUGCUGACUUUCUGCAAGAGGUUACUUCUCUAAAGGACCAAGAACAGUAUUGGUUCAGAAAAAAACAACCUUACAGAUUCAUUACCGUGGCUGAAUUCGCGGAACACUUUAGCAAUUUCCGUGUUGGAUGUGAACUUUUUGAUGAACUUGGAGUUGCUUAUGACAAAAGCAGAACUCAUCCUGCUGCACUUGUCACAGAAAAAUACGGAAUCUCCAACGUGGAACUCUUCAAGGCAUGUUUUUCAAGAGAAUGGCUAUUGUUGAAGCGGAAUUCGUUCUUAUACAUAUUCAAGACAAUCCAGAUUACUAUUAUGUCGAUAAUAGCCUUUACAGUAUUCUUUAGCACAGAGAUGAAAGCCGGACAGAUUGCAGACGGAGGCAAAUUUUGCGGUGCAUUGUUUUUCAGCCUCAUCAAUGUAAUGUUUAACGGUACUGCAGAACUUGCAUUGACGCUUUUCAGACUUCCCGUGUUCUUUAAACAACGAGAUUCUCUAUUUUACCCGGCCUGGGCUUUUGCUCUCCCCAUUUGGCUUUUAAGAAUCCCCAUCUCGUUUAUGGAAUCAUUUAUAUGGAUUGUCCUUACUUAUUAUACAAUCGGUUUUGCUCCUGCUGUAAGUAGGAAAUUUUUCAGGUUUUUCCGCCAAUUCUUGGUAUUUUUCGUGCUGCACCAGAUGACAUUGUCUCUCUUCCGUCUAAUUGCUGCAAUUGGAAGGACUCUAGUAGUUGCAAACACAAUCGGAACUUUCAUUCUACUGAUAGUCUUUGUGCUUGGUGGUUUCCUUGUUGCUAAAGAUGACCUCGGACAAUGGAUAAAAUGGGGCUACUAUGUGUCUCCGAUGUCUUAUGCACAGAAUGCAAUAGCCAUCAACGAGUUUCUGGACGAAAGAUGGAGUACACCUAACAAUGACACACAUUUCUCCGAGGAAACAGUUGGCAAGGUUCUUCUUAAGUCAAGGAGCAUGUACUUGGACGAGUAUAUGUUCUGGAUAUGUGUCAUCACCUUAUUUGCCUUCUCAUUUCUCUUCAACUUCUGUUUCAUCUUGGCGUUGACAUACUUAAACCCAUCUGCUGAUUCUAAAUCUGUCGCUUUGGAUGAUGACAAAAGUACUAAAAACGAGCUGAGAAAUCACGAUCCCAAAGAAUCAACGGAGAAGAGUUCAGCAUCUACCACCGUAAUGUUUGAAGGUAUAGAUAUGGCUGUAAGGAAUAACUCGAGUAUUGACAAAAAAGCCGCCAAAAAAAGAGGAAUGGUGCUUCCUUUUCAGCCGUUAUCACUUGCAUUUAACCAUGUCAAUUACUAUGUCGAUAUGCCAGCAGAAAUGAAAACACGAGGAAUUGAAGGGACUUGUUUCCAAUUGUUACGAAAUGUCAGUGGCGCGUUCAGGCCUGGAGUCCUUACGGCCUUAGUUGGUGUAAGUGGAGCUGGGAAGACUACUUUGAUGGAUGUCUUAGCAGGAAGAAAAACCGGAGGCUACACUGACGGAAGUAUUAUCAUUUCUGGUUAUCCGAAAAACCAAUCUACUUUUGCUCGGAUAAGCGGUUAUUGUGAACAGAAUGACAUUCAUUCUCCACAUGUUACUGUUUAUGAGUCAUUGAUAUAUUCAGCUUGGUUGCGUCUCUCUCCCGAUGUCAAAAAGGAAACUAGGAAGAAUUUCGUCGAGGAAGUAAUGGAACUAGUCGAGUUGAAUCCUCUCACGAAUUCUCUAGUUGGUCUGCCAGGGGUAGACGGUCUCUCAACUGAACAACGAAAGCGACUGACUAUAGCCGUGGAACUUGUAGCAAAUCCAUCUAUUAUUUUCAUGGAUGAACCUACAUCAGGACUUGACGCCAGAGCCGCAGCAAUUGUGAUGCGAACUGUGAGAAAUACAGUUGAUACAGGCCGAACUGUCGUGUGCACUAUCCACCAGCCAAGCAUAGAUAUUUUUGACGCUUUUGAUGAGCUGUUGUUAAUGAAAAGAGAAGGACAAGUCAUUUAUGCAGGUCCUCUCGGACACAAUUCUCGCCUAAUGAUUGAGUAUUUUCAAUCUGUUCCAGGAGUUCCGACAAUCAAAGAGGGAUAUAAUCCAGCUACCUGGAUGUUGGAUAUCACAACUCCAGCCGUUGAGGCUCAACUUAAUGUGGACUUCACAGAAAUUUACGCCAACUCUGAUCUGUACAGGAGGAAUCAAGAACUAAUUAAACAGUUAAGUGUUCCAGUACCAGGGUCCCGAGACCUUCAUUUUCCUACGAAAUACUCCCAACCGUUCAUCAAUCAGUGCAAGGCUUGUUUUUGGAAGCAAUACUUGUCCUAUUGGAGGAAUCCGCAAUAUAAUGCCACACGAUUUUUCAUGACAGCGAUGAUCAUUAUCAUAUUCGGAAUUAUCUUCUGGGAUAAAGGAAACAAAAUGUACAAACUACAAGACUUAUUGAAUCUACUUGGAGCUAUGUAUGCUGCUGUUGUGUUCCUUGGCGGAGCAAAUACUCCAGCUGUUCAGUCGAUUGUGGCAGUAGAAAGAACAGUCUUUUAUCGUGAACGAGCAGCAGGGAUGUAUUCUGCGCUGCCUUACGCAUUCGCUCAGGUGGCCAUAGAGACUAUCUACGUCGCGAUCCAGACUUUUAUUUACAGCCUCCUCCUAUUCUCAAUGAUCGGUUUCCACUGGACAGCCGUUAAAUUCUGCUGGUUCUAUUUCUUCGUCUUCAUGUGCUUCGUCUACUUCACUAUGUAUGGAAUGAUGCUUGUAGCACUCACACCAAGCUACCCGAUUGCUUUCAUCGUCAUGUCAUUCUUCCUCAGUUUUUGGAACUUGUUCUCCGGUUUCCUUAUCCCUAGAACGCAAAUUCCGAUAUGGUGGAGGUGGUAUUACUGGGGUUCUCCAGUAGCAUGGACGAUAUAUGGUCUCGUAACAUCUCAAGUAGGUGACAAAGACGAUAACAUUGAGGUACCAGGCAUAGGCGAAAUACCAUUAAAGCUACUGUUAAAAGAAUAUUUGGGAUUUGAGCAUGACUUCUUGGGAGUUGUUGCUGUUGCUCAUGUUGCUUGGGUUGUUCUAUUCUGCUUUGUUUUUGCAUAUGGCAUCAAGUUCUUGAAUUUCCAAAGAAGAUAAUACAAAAUGUUCAUAAGCUAUACACAGGGAAAACAAUUGUUGUCGAUAUCCUCGUCUGCGUUGCUCAGACUCUCCAAAAAAUAUUGCUGAACACGUAUCUGAUCCGCCAAGAAUGCACUACUUUUGAAGGAUCUGACAUGCACCUGAUGAUAUUUUUGACUAGUCCGAGUAACGCAGAUCCACAUACAACUUAUUUCUUACAUCAUGUGCAAAAUAAUUCAUUCUUGUGUUAUACAUACGAAAAAGUCAGUCUGGUACACUAAGUUCCCGCUAUGACUGAUUUAUUAAAAUUGAUGUAUAAAUUUCCUAUAUAGGAGAUUUUCUUAAACUCUUGUGAUGUUAAAUGAGUAGAACUUGCUCAAAUGUACCAUUAAACUCUAAGUAAAGCUUUGUACUUUGAACA